GUCAUUUUCCUCGGAACACCAUUCGAGGUAUUGUCGAAAGCGAAGUUGGCCGGCAGGCGCUCAAGAUGCUAGACCGGGUUACCACGAUGCACAAGGAAGACGUAAAGGAUCUUGAAGAGCGUUCGGCGAGACGCAUGAACACUAGCGAUGCUUUCCAGAGUCUCCUGAAAGCGCGAGAUCGGUCAGAGGUGACCUGUUUCUUCGACAGUACGCCACGGGGCAAUCAGACACGUCGGAGUUCGUGAAAGCCUACGCUAAUUAGAAUGCCGAAUUGCUACAGC